CUGAAAACAAACACAGAACGACUGCAUCCACAUCAUUCCACUCCUCGAAGUGCAUCAGUGGCCGUUGAAAACUAGCUGGAGAAAACAAAAGACGGCGAUAUCUACAGGUCAGAAGCCAAAUUAUUGCUUAUCGCUUAAAAGUAUUCACUUUUGUAGAGAAAGAAACUGCCCUUGAUUAAGCAGAAAAUUAGUCUGUUAAGAAAUGCACAGCUGAGCAUAUUGACACACAAGUACUCGGACUAUGAAAGCUUUGAUAUUCAUAAUCAUGGUGGCGUCAUCACAUCUUCUACUACUGGAAGCUAAAAUUGGUCGGGAGUUUGUAUUGGAACCACCGAGACUACCUUCAGAUCUUAAUUUUAUGCCUUCGAUAUCGAAUGGCAAUUUAGGUUUGACGGUUUUUGGCGAUGCCAUCUAUGUGAAUGGUGUCUACAAUGGGUUCAAAGGUGAAAGCAGGCGUGCCCGGUUUCCAAAUUGGUUAAACAUAAGUGCCAAUAUUCAAGGGACACAAAGCGAUGACUUGAGCCAGGUUCAAAAUGUGACAUACAGCAUGAAUUUGUUAAAUGGCUACUUUCAGUGGACUCACAGGAUGGAUGAUCUUGGUGUUACACUCACGCAAAGAGUGUACGCACACCGUUUCUAUAAUAGAGCUUUAAUUUACGAAAUGAUUGUUGAACGUGAAACAUCGGAAGCUGCACUUACAAUAGAGCUAAGUCGGAAACCUGGCGCCCAUUCUGAUGCCAUUGACCUUGUCCCUGUGACACUGAACACCGACGACAUAGAAAUGGUUCAAGCUACUACCAGAGAAAUAGAAAACAAAGAGUUCCAAGCUAAUCGCACUCGAGUCUAUGUAGCAUUCAGUGAAAAUUUCGAGGACAACCAAAAUCAUUUGAAAAUCGAAAUAGGACAAAAUAUCCUAAGCCAUCGACAUGUGAUAACCAUGGACGCAGUUAAGCAGUUAGCUCUUGCAGAAAUAAGAGAAAUUCUAGCACAAAAUCAAAAACAGAUCUUUGAAAAGCAUUGCUCAAGUUGGCAAGAGUUUUGGAACCAAUUUCACAUAGAAGUUAAGCAUAACAUGGGGUUGUCGCAAAUCAUAAAUGCAGGCAUAUUUUACAUGACUAGUUCCUUGCCAUCAUUGAAGAGCAGAAGUGCCAACAAUCCCUUCUAUGGCUUAAGCCCGACGGGACUAAGUCGAGGUCAACUUGAUGAUGAUUAUGAAGGACAUAAUUUCUGGGACACUGAGAUAUGGAUGCUACCGGCUAUAACACAGAUGGAAAGUCAUUGGUCCGAGCAGUUAUUCAGCUACCGUCUGAACCAUUUAUCAGGAGCCACGUUCAAUGCCAAUCAUACAGGUUAUGCGGGAGCAAGAUUUCCCUGGGAAAGUGCCUUCACUGGCACUGAGGUCACAAAUCCAUGCUGUCCAGAGGUAGCUGAACAAGAAAUACACAUUUCUGCUGACAUAGCAGCAUCCCUGGAGGGGUUCUAUGCAACCACUUUUGAUCAUCAGUGGUUAUGUGGCACCGCCUGGCCUCUGAUUAGAGAAAUUGCUUCGUUUCUAUGCAGUCGGACAGAGUUGAAUGCCACCACCGGCAAAUACCAUAUCAAAAAUGUUAUGGGUCCAGAUGAAGACCAUGCAAAUGUUGACGAUAACGUUUACACAAAUGUUGUAUUCCAAAAGGCGCUGCGGUUUGCUAGCUAUGCUCAAAGUCAAUGUUCACCAGAGCUAUACCAAUCCUCUGUGGAUUGGUUGGAGCAGGCUAAUAAAAUGUUCAUUCCUUAUGAUGCUGCAAAGGACUAUCAUCCACAACAUGUUGGCUACAUGCCAGGGCAAGAAAUCAAACAAGCCGACACCAUCCUGCUGGGAUAUCCGUUGCAGUUCGAUAUGCAUAAUUCUACACGUUACAACGACCUGUUAACGUAUGAGAAUGUAACUCGCAAAUCUGGUCCAGCUAUGACUUGGUCAAUGUUCGCUAUAAAUUUUUUGGAUGUUGGAGACAAGAAGAAGGCCAUUCAAUUUUUCACCAGGGGUUAUGAAGAAUAUGUCCAUCCAGAAUUUAAGGUAUGGAGCGAAACUAAAAUCGGUCUUCAAGGAUCAGCGAACUUUCUUACGGGAAUAGGAGGCUUUUUGCAAUCGAUUAUAAAUGGAUUCGCAGGGAUAAGGUUCUAUUUGGAUACCAACAGUAAUACGACACAAAUGUUAAUUCGAGGUCCAACUUUAUUGCCAGAUACCAGCGAUUUCAAAGUUAAAGGUAUCAAAUUUGCCAACUCUACAUUUUCCUUACACGUUAGAAGAUUGGGACAGAAAAACAUAUUUAAAUGCCUGCAACUUGGAAAUCAAAAUCUGGAACUCGUUAUUGGUUAUAGUAUAAUUCCUCUGCAGUCGGGAUCAAAAAUUCAUUUUGAAAAAGAAAAAAUAAUCGUACGUACUACAAGAUGAUGACUGACUGCCUUUGGAGGCUUGAAAUCAUUCAAUUUAUUUUUUUUAGAAUAAAAUAUUUGCAUUAAAUGAUACAUUGUGUGAGACACAUGUAAUAAAAUAUGUUAUUUUAAUUUUUUUAA